CUGACAAGGCUACAAAGAAUACCCCCUUUACCGAGGCAAUGGAGGGGGGCCCGGCCAUCUGCUGCCAGGACCCUCGGGCAGAGCUGGUGGAACGAGUGGCAGCCAUCGACAUGGCUCCAUUGGAGGAGGCGGAUGGUGGCUCAGAGCCUGCCAGGAACGGUGUGGACCCUCCACCACGGGCCAGAGCUGCCUCUGUGAUCCCCGGCAGUGCAUCAAGACUCCCCCCAGCCCGGCCCAGCCUCUCAGCUAGGAAGUUCUCCCUGCAGGAGCGGCCAGCAGGAGGCUGCCUGGCAGCCCAGGCUGGCCCUUAUGCCACGGGGCCUGCCAGCCACAUUUCUCCACGGGCCUGGCGGAGGCCAACCAUCGAGUCCCACCACGUGGCCAUCUCAGAUGCAGAGGACUGUGUGCAGCUGAACCAGUACAAGCUACAGAGUGAGAUUGGCAAGGGUGCCUACGGUGUGGUGAGGCUGGCCUACAACGAAAGUGAAGACAGACACUACGCAAUGAAAGUUCUUUCCAAAAAGAAGUUACUGAAGCAGUAUGGCUUUCCACGUCGCCCUCCCCCGAGAGGGGCCCAGGCUACCCAGGGAGGACCGGCCAAGCAGCUGCUGCCCCUGGAGCGGGUGUACCAGGAGAUAGCCAUCCUCAAGAAGCUGGACCACGUGAAUGUGGUCAAACUGAUCGAGGUCCUGGAUGACCCAGCCGAGGACAAUCUCUAUCUGGUGUUUGACCUCCUGAGAAAGGGGCCAGUCAUGGAAGUGCCCUGUGACAAGCCUUUCCCAGAGGAGCAAGCUCGCCUCUACCUGCGGGACAUCAUCCUGGGCCUAGAGUACUUGCACUGCCAGAAGAUCAUCCACAGGGACAUCAAGCCAUCCAACCUGCUCCUGGGGGAUGAUGGGCAUGUGAAGAUCGCCGACUUUGGUGUCAGCAACCAGUUUGAGGGGAAUGACGCUCAGCUGUCCAGCACAGCCGGGACCCCCGCAUUCAUGGCCCCCGAGGCCAUUUCUGAUUCCGGCCAGAGCUUCAGUGGGAAGGCCUUGGAUGUGUGGGCCACGGGAGUGACACUGUACUGCUUUGUGUACGGGAAGUGCCCGUUCAUUGAUGAUUACAUCCUGGCCCUGCACAAGAAGAUCAAGAAUGAGCCCGUGGUGUUUCCCGAGGAGCCAGAGAUCAGUGAGGAGCUCAAGGACCUAAUCCUGAAGAUGCUGGACAAGAAUCCUGAAACAAGAAUUGGGGUGUCAGACAUCAAGUUGCACCCCUGGGUGACCAGGAAUGGGGAGGAGCCCCUUCCCUCUGAGGAGGAGCACUGCAGCGUGGUGGAGGUGACUGAGGAGGAAGUGAAGAACUCGGUCAAGCUCAUCCCCAGCUGGACCACGGUGAUCCUGGUUAAGUCCAUGCUGAGAAAGCGUUCCUUUGGGAACCCGUUUGAGCCCCAAGCACGGAAGGAAGAGCGGUCCAUGUCUGCUCCAGGAAACUUACUGAUGAAAGAAGGGUGUGGCGACAGCAGCAAGAGCCCAGAGCUUCCUGGCGUCCAAGAAGACGAGGCUGCGUCCUGAGCCCCUGCAUGCGCCCAGGGCCGCCCAGCAGCACGCUCAUCCCGCGCCUCCAGAGGCCCACCACCCUCAUGCGACAGCUGCCCCUGCAGGCAGGGGGCCAGGGACUGUGCCCCCUCCCGGCCCCCCUCCCUCUGUGGUGCUGCAUGAUCUCCACACGUACGUCCAGGGACAGGAUUGCAAUGUGUGUCAUCUGGGGCUCUGGGGGACAGGGCUCCCACGAGGGCUUCCUCCUCAUCCUGGCUCUCCCUGGCCUGACCCAUCCUAGCACCCAUGAAGCCUCAGAAACCUUACUUGUGGCUGGCGAGAACCAGGGCAGCAGGCAGGGAACAAGAAGGUAGGCAGAGGCCUGGCUUGCUGUAACUGCAGAGACGUCAGGUCUGGCUCAGUGCACAGGGAGGGCUGUGCCCUCCCCACCUCAGGGUAGUGGUGCCAGAGUGUCUCCUCAGAAUGCUGGGAUGAGGCCCUGACCUGCAGUGUGUUUCCGGGCCUCAGCGGGAAAGGGCCCGCACUGGAGAGUGCACGUUGUCUCUGACUUUUGUUCUAAAUCUGGGGCAGCA